GAUCACGAGUAUUACGGCCCACAUCAAGAAAACAUGAGAGGGGAGUCGAGGUCAAAGUACUGGUUUUGGUUCAACGCCGCCCAAUCGCAGUCAAAAGUCACUCACACGCAGAGUAAAGUUAUCCCGCCAGGCAGUUCACUGAGCGCCCGUAGAUCGUCAAUCCCAACCGGCAUCACGCUCAUUCCUAACUCACGAAGACUCCAGAUCACCAAGGAAUCUCGUAAUAGAUCUUUACCUGCAAACCUCCAAGUUCGUUCAGUCGCUACGAAAAAGUACAUGGGCAAAAAGAAGAAAGCCGCUCCAAUUCCCGAAGAGGUCUUGCAUCUACCAGCUCACGACGGCAGCCUCGAUCGUAGAUACCCAUACGCAUCUGCUCUCGACGUUCGCACGAUAUCACCCCAAGAGGCAGCCGAUAAUAGCGAGAAUCAGGACACAAGGCUGUGCAAGCAUAGUGUAGAUACGCUGAUCGAUGUCUGGUGUGAAGCUCCAGUAGACAAAAGAUGGAGGGACGUGGCCGACUCGGCUAGGGACGAGGAGCAACGCAAAUCCCUAUGGGGAGGUAUCGAUUACUGGUUUGUGAUGGGCCUAGAUUAUCACUAUAUGAACUCCCCCGCAGAUGUACAGAGAACGGUGUUCCGAAGACAACUACAGCAGGCGGUGGCGUUGGGGAAACCCAUUACCGUUCAUACAAGAGAAGCCGAUGAAGAUAUUGAAGCUAUCUUGAAGGAAGAAGUGCCGAAGGACCACAAGUAUAUUGGCAGAGAAAGAGAACGCUUAAACGAUGCUACGGUGUUUCAAUUUAAAGGUGUAAUCACCUACAGCACGAAUCUAAAUACAGCGCAGGUCGUGCGCGAGAUGACACGGGGAAAUGAGCCAUUCAAUGCGUCCCAACUUCGUAUUGUACUUGAAACAGAUGCCCCUUAUAUGGUGCCGGCGAACCUCUAUGAUUCGCUCGCUCUUCCAGGCGGCAAAUCUAAUCGACUGGCACUAUCUCACUCCGGCAUGAUACCGUGGACUGCGGGGUUUGUGGCUGGUGUCGUGAACGAGAAUGAGGAAAUGAGUGUGGACGCGAACGAUAUCCUGGAGAUAUCCAAGGCGAACGCUCGUCUGCCGCAGAAAGCUUACUCUGCGCUGACAAGGUACCAACCCACCUUUGAACCUGACCGUCACCGCAUUGCUGGCAGAGUGCUCAACCAUCGCAACUUAGAUGCCAAGGUGUUGCCCAACGGCUCAGAGAUGUACGAGACCGAUCAUAAGAAAUCGCCAGGGUCGUGGUUUCUGCUUUUAACAACGUCGGUGAAAGCGGAAUUGUUGGCAGAACAACCGCGUUCAAUGGUAGUCAUCAUCCACUCAUUCAGCAGCAACUGA